GCGUGACACCCAUUUUGCCUUUCGCUGGUGUGUUGGGGGCUUCUCCGUCGGGUGUGGCCGGGGUUUGUGACGCGGCCACGUAUGAGGGUCCGUUGCUGCCAUCCCCACUGCUGCCUGGAAGGUUAGACUAUGCGGCCACGAUUCCUUUAGCACCUGUAUGGUCACAUGCGGUGGCCCCGCCAUGUCCCGCUGGAGGCGGUUCUCUUUCAGGAGAUCGCAGUGACGCUUGGCGUUGUCCAACCGUUUCAUGUCCAGGAGUCGUGGGCGCAGCGGCAGGUGUGCGGUCCAGAUUUCACGUUGCGUUAUAUGCCAGGCGAUUCCGGUGUUGACUACGGUAAGGGGGGUUCGCAGGGUUCAGCGAGCGGAGGGUUGGGGGAGUCUCAUGACGGAUCACAGAACUCGUUCCCGUCAUCGCGUCGCGCAUCGCAGUGCAGUGACAGAGGGUGCGGCAGACCCCGCAGCGCGGGUCGCUACACAGCGACACCUGCCCGGUCGCAGACGUGGUGGGAUAGUUGGAAUGGUGUUGACCAGUGCGGUCCUGGGCCUGAAAUUGACCGUGCCAGUGUUGAGGAGGCAAUGGCGUUGUGGAGUGGACCGACGGCGCCGGAUGUUGUGUUUCUGGAGCCGGUCAAGCUUCUUCAAUUGCUGGCCAUGUUUCAUCUCUAUUGCCCGUGGCACAAGGGUUCGUGCCGUGUGUCUGUGGAGUCCGUCUCCUAUCCUUCGCAGCUCUGUAAGCUGACGUUCGUAUGCGACAAGAAAUGCAAAUGGAUGUGGCACACGACACUCGUGACCACGAACGUCUAUCAGUCGCGAUUGAUGCAGCAACUCUUUCAUGCGACGGUCACCGCCUGCCUUACGUUCACGCUCCUCGACAACUUUUGUGUUUGUUUAGGGAUGUGUUCGGUGCACAAACCCACAUUCUACAAGUUUAUGCGCACAGAACCGGGGGGGCCGGAGGGGUGGAAUGCCAAGGUCGUACGGCAGGGCAUAAAAUAUUGCGAGCUUGCCAUUGACACUGUGAUCCGCCGUGGUGAGCUAGUGACAUUGAUGGUUGAUGGUCGGUAUGACUCUGUCAAAGGCGCGCAGCAUUGCACUGUCACCUCGAUGGAGUACGAGACUCGGCUUGUUGUAGGUAUUCACACUCUCCGUCCGAAGAUUGAAGCUAAGGCAUCGAAUGCGCUUGAGGUGUCAGCCGUCGUGCAAGUUUUGCGAGGGCUGAUGGACAAGGGGUUGAAGAUCCGGUGCGUUGUCUCGGAUGACUGUGCCGCGCUGGGACCGAAGUUGCGAGCUAUGAACAUCGAGUGGCAGAAGGAUUGUCACCACAAAAUAAAAAACAUUCGCAAGCACUUCCACAGUAUGCUGCAACUGAAGGAAGCGAAGAAAGUGAGCAGCCCGCACGACUGUGUGUCAGAGGCGCAGUUUAUGCAGUUCACAAAGAAGCGGCUAAAGGAGGCGUUGGAGCAGCAUUUCGGACCUGACGUCCUCACACCUGCUGAGGAGCGGAUGAAGAAAUCGGAUUUCGUCGCUGUCGUCAUACGAAAGAUGUACCCCUACGGAUCGAGGUUGAAUGCUCGAGCGUUGGAGACUGAUCCAGGCGGCUUGACAGAGUAUCAUGCGCAUGAGGUAGGGAUGUGGUUCCUCCGCGCUUGCCAGCUGUGCAGGGAGGAGGGCGGAGACGCCGACAGUCUAUACCGCGACAUCUUGUUGGUCGCCGAUCAUUGGGCUGGUGAUCAUUCGGGAUGUGUCGACGUGAUUCGGUGGAACAGUCACUGCUGGCGCGACCCGGUCGGGUAUGUUGCUCGCAUUGCUGCGGGCACUUCCAUACGUGCGAGACCAGACUUCCGUCGACACUACGGUCACAAGGCGAUCGACUGUUGGGAGGACAGAUUAGCGGCGUCAGUGUUCGGUUCGACUCAUGUUUCAGACUGGGCUCGAGAGCUUCAGCGGCAGGAGGUUUGUCCUUAUGGAGUCGGGUCAUUGCCGCGUGAUUUGUUCGUCAACGGUGGGGGCAACCUAGUGGAAGUCGUUGAUGAUGCUGCCUCAGGUUCCGACCAUGAGGCGGUGGAGGAGAACCGUGUUUUCAUCAUCGGUCACGUGGAGGACGAUAAGGUGUCUGCAUGCAAUGAUUGGGUCCAGACAUCGAGCUCUGAAUCUGAGGGUGACGAUAUAGAGUUAUUCAGCGUUUGACUGGUUGAAUGGCUUUAUCGUUGACCUAACAUCGGUCUGGUGAUCCGAAUUUCAUUCAGCAUGGCGUUCUUCACACACAUCUCAUGGUGUCUUGUUUGUUACGCUACAUUAUGUCAUAUAUAUAUAUAUAUAUAUAUAUAUAUAUAUAUAUAUAUAUAUAUAUAUAUAUAUAUACUUUGUCCGUCUCUUUACCUUUAUAUAUAUCUAUUUUUGCUCAGUCUGACUUCCAAGACUGAUGGCGAGGCUGUAUACUACCCCGUAGGGUUACAUUUUUAAUUUUGUUCGACUGAGGGCUAACCGUGAAACAAAACUGUGAGGAAAAU